ACAAACAAACUGGAAAACUAUACAAAAUAAUAAUAUUUUUUAAUUAAAUAAAAGUAUGAUUACGGAUGAAUUAGUGGUAGGACACUAACACAUUAUCCACUUAUAAAAUUCAAAUUCAAUUUCGGUUUGAAGUGUGUUUCGUGUCCUAAGGAAAGAAAACCAACUUUUCCAACAUCCUUUAUGAUCAUGUUGUUUGACAAUUUCUGCGCUAGGCAUUUGUAUUAUAUUCCAUUUGCCAUUUUCCAACUCUGUAUUCUAUUUCUCACCCAAUUUUAAAAAACAAAAAAAGAGAAGCAGAGAGAAUAAAGCUUUACCCAUAAUGCGCCGUCGCCGACCGCCUUUGCCGUACAGCCUCUCUCCUCAGCUCCUCCGCCGCGAACAGAAUUCUCCGACGAUUCAGCUGAUUUCGAGUUCCGAAUUGGAAAAUUUUGAUUCGUAUGUGUAAAACGAAAAUGGCAGCGAACGCUUCCGAACCCACACGGACGCGUCCGAGGAGGGACUCGGCCCCGCCCAGUCGGCCGCCGCGAACUCGGUCCGCGUCGACGAGCGCCACCACGAUGAGUUCGACUUCCACAGUGACCGGCGCGUCUACAUCUUCGUCGGUUGCCAGCCGGACCUCCCUCGCCAGUCUCCGGGAAUCGUUGCCGGAGAAUCCUCACAUCUACGACGUCGCCGAGAUCCGCGCCGCCACCAACAAUUUCCUCGCCCGCCGCCUCUCUUCCUCCUCCUCCACGGCGUCGUGGCGCUGCCAUCUGCGCGGGAAAGAGGCGGUGGUGUUCCAGAGGAAGUUCAGGCGGAGAAUCGCCAUGGAUGAGCUCAGGGAUCGUCUAUCCGUCAUCUGCCGGAGUCACCACGGGAGCAUCGUCAACCUCCUCGGCGCCUCUGUAUCCGGCUCUCGCGGCGGUGGAGGUGGAGGCGAUCACAUCUACCUAGUGUACGAGUACGUCCAUGGAGCAACCCUCGCCGAGUGCCUCAGAAACCCUAGGAACCCUAAUUUCACUGUACUCUCAAGCUGGACCUCGCGGAUCCGAAUCGCCGCCGAUCUAGCCCACGGCCUUGAUUACAUCCACAACAAGACCGGGUUGAAGAUCCGAAACCUAGUCCACAACCACAUCAAGAGCUCUGCUGUCAUCGUGACGGAGCCAGACUUCAACUCAAAAAUCUGCCACUUCGGCACCGCCCAGCUGUGUGGCGAAACCGACGAAAUGUCUCCGGAGACAGACGAAUCGCAGAAGUUCAAGCGAUCGGACAGCAGAGCGCUCAGAUUCGAAGGAGUGAGAGGAUACAUGUCACCGGAAUUUCAAUUGACGGGGAUCGCGACGCAGAAAUCGGACGUCUACGCCUUCGGAGUGACGAUGCUCGAGCUCCUCUCCGGCGAAGAGCCUCUGAAGUACAGGCUCAACAAGUCCACCGGGAACUUCGAGCGGACGUCGGUGAUAGAGACGGCGGCGGAAGCGAUCAACGGUGAAGACGGCGAGAGAGAGGGGAGGCUGAGAAGGUGGAUGGAUCGAAGGCUGGGGGACUCGUUUCCGGUGGCGGUGGUGGAGAAGCUGACGAGAUUGGCAUUGGAGUGCGUGGAGGAAUCGCCGGAUCAUAGGCCGGAGAUGGGAAGAGUCGCCGGAAAAAUUUCGAAGCUGUAUUUGGAAUCAGAGAAAUGGUCGGCAAAGAUGAAACCGCCGGUGGAUUUCACCGUGUCGUUGGCUCCCAGAUGAUAUGGCGCGCGGCUUCCUUAUUUUAAUUUAAUAAUUGGAGUGAAUUUUCCUAAUUAUAAUUUCAGUUGUAAUUAAUUUAUUAUGGAGUUCCUUUAUUUUGUAGGUUUCUGAUUCUUAGAAAUAAAAAAUAAUCCUGUAGUUGCGUCAGAGAA